UUUUUAUCCCUAAUAAAUCCUCAAUUAUAUACAUUUAUUGUGUUUGUAAAUCAAACAGUGUCCAUAUGCAAAAAAAUAAAAAUAAUAAUAUUUAUUCGUGACGUCAUCGUGGGAUUCUGGAUGCAGUUCCUGUUGGCUGUCAACCUACAUUAUUAGGAUCCUGAUAGAUUGAUAGGCUAUUUCAUUGUGAAUAAUAGACAUAUAGUGGAGUUGAAUUGAAUUGAACAGAAUUGGUCUUCAGCUACAUUCCAAGAGGGGGAGCAGUUAAAUUAAGUUGUUUAUUAUAUCUUGAGAGACGGCAUAAAUAAUAAAAGUCGACAUGUCGGGGAUACCAGCUUCAGGUUCAGAAGAUGAUAUGAAGAAUGAAUUGGCCAACUUGCAAUUCCAGGCCAACAGAACAACAGAUGAGUCGUUGGAGAGUACUCGGCGGAUGAUGUCACUAUGUGAGGAGAGCCAGGACGUCGGUAUAAAGACCUUGGUUAUGUUGGAUGAACAAGGCGAGCAAUUGGAUCGUAUUGAAGAAGGCAUGGAUCAAAUUAACACGGACAUGAAAGAUGCAGAAAAAAAUCUCGAAGGCAUGGAGAAAUGCUGUGGUUUAUGUGUUCUACCAUGGAAAAGAUCUAAGAAUUUUGAGAAGAGCAGUGACUACAACAAAACUUGGAAAUCCUCCGAGGAUGGUACGGUAAACACUAAUGGUCCUAGGGUGAUUGUAGAUCAAGGAAAUGGAGUUGGUUCUUCAGGGGGCUUCAUAACUAA